GCUGCCUUGGGGAUAACCAGUUGUCCAGAACGGGACUAGUGGCGGCCGCUGGUCCCAUCAGGCAGCUGGUUCAUCACGUGACGUGUCCCUGGCAUGGCAAGUUGUCGAUCCAUCUAUAAGACACCAUCAUCAUCAUCCACGCCGCGAUCGGCCACAAGGGCCUAGCGGCGGCCGACAGUCCCAAGCUCGACGGACACCAAUAGAUACACGCUCCCUUGUUGCGACUGGCCGAUCGAAAAACCCAAAGUGAAGAAAAUAGGGAAGAAUGAAGGUACCGGUGGUAGAGCGGGCGUUGCAUGUGUGCUUGACCUGCAAAUCAAGGAAGAAGGGAUGUGACAAGAAUCUCCCAACCUGCGGUUACUGCGCCAAACGGAACCUGCCAUGUCGAUACCAAGGAUCUCCCGUCGCUGAAGAACCCGUCGCAGAUGCGAUCACUCAGAUAGAAACAAAUGCGUUAUUGUUACAGAUGGUUUCCCUGUUUGGCCCACCGUCCGAAAACAUGUCAACAGCACCCAGAAGGACAUGGUAUCAUGUAUGCCGCAUCAUUCAAUUGGCGGGCCUCUCAGAGCCGGAAAUCAGUCGCCGGUAUUUCAGCAACUUUCAUAAUUGGCUUCCAGUAGUAUCGUACGAACUGUUUCAAGAAAGCCUGGCUCGGUACAAUAGUCCGUCUCGCUCACCACCGGUGGACUUUUCUGUCCUUGUGCUGGGUAUGUGCCUGGUGACGCUGCAGCCGGCGAAACUCAAUACACACAUAACACCACAUAGCCUAUAUGCCACUAUGAAGAUGCUAUUUGCGGAAGCCCAAUCUAUAACGUGUGCCUCGACGUAUCUCAUUCAGGCUGGACUGCUCAUCGCUGCGUAUGAGUAUGCCAACGGUCGGCCUGAGGCAGCGCACAUUACGAUGGGGAGUGUAGCCAGAAGUGCUUUCGUGACAGGCCUAGCAGAUCCCAGCUCCUGGCAGACAAAUGGAGCUAGUGACAUAUCAUCUGAAAGACUGGAGCGUCUGAAUUUGUGGUGGGGUGUAAUCAUUAUCGAGAGGCUUAUUUUAUGCGAAAUCAAAGACAAGACACAACGACCUAUGACAGAUUGUCCGUCUUCUGAGUUCCCUCUACCAAGUGACCUACAGCCUGUUCAAUCCAAUACUUGUUCAGUAGGAAGCUGCCCACAUGACUGUCUGCCUUUGAACCAGGACAGGAAACCCUGCGUUUUUGGCCACCAAGCACGAGCUGUGCUCCUUCUCGACCGCGUGUUGGCUGUGCGACGGCACCCCCAAACUAUUAGUGGUAGAAUGGUAGAGAUUCAACAACUCGACAUGCAGCUGCAAAGCUUCCUGUCUGAACGGAUGAACACGGGUACCGCAGAAAUUGGCCAUGAUUGCAGUCCUAUAGCAUCUGCAGUGAGGUAUGUCAACCGUAAUUCGCAUAUCUUGUGACCUAAGGCCCAUGAGUACUAGUCUAAGGAACCACGCCACUCGGCUGCAGCUAACUGAAUCGGCUAGAGCCCUCUGUCUAUUACACCAGGAAGUCCUAAGCUGCCCUUUCGACACCGUUGACUUGCAAGGGUUGCAACACUCGGAAGCGGCCCUAGAGAUGGUUUCUAAUGUAGUGGUGGAUGUCGCGCGCCACCACAAGGCGCAAAUUGCCUGCCAAAAUUCCCACGCCGAUUUACUACCCCUGAGUUGCUCGUACACCCUGCACAUGGCAAUGAG